AAUGAUAGUGCAUUUCAUACCGAUGUCACAACUAAGGAGAAUGUCACAUAUCUUUUUCGACAAGUCUCCAGCUCGUACAAGAUGUCCCUCAGCAUUGUUGUUAACUGCGCUCGUAUCGUUCACCCGGCCUCAAGAGUGGAGAAUAUAUCGGAAGUCGUUUUCGACAAAGUGAUUGGUGUCAAUCUGAAGCUCACUUUCUUGCGGGGUACUCACCUCGUUACAAAAGGAGCUCUGACAUUGAUGCUGCGGAAGAAGAAUGCCACAGGCCGGACCAUUCUAAACAUUGCCAGCGUGUCUGGCAAGGGUGGCUACCCGUUCCUGAGUGCCUACUCGGCUUCGAAGGGCGCCGUCAUCUCCUUUACAAAAUCUGUGGCGUUAAAAGUUGCGCUCAAAGGAAUUCGCGUCAACAAUAUCCUACUUGGCUACACGGACACACACAUGACACAGGGUACCCCCAACUAUAUAAGAAAUCGCAUAAUUUCGACGAUUCCGAUGCGGCGGAUGGCGACAGCGCUUGAGAUUUCCGAAACUAUUGUCUUUAUGUGGGCCCCGAGGAGUACGUACAUGACAGGAUCCAGCGUUCUGGUGUCUGGAGGCUCGUACCUAUAA